AUGGCUGAACGCUUCAUCCCGGAGCAUCGUCGCACUCAAUUCAAAGCUAAGAAUACCUUCAAGCCGGAUGAGCUGCGUCGUCGUCGUGAAGAGCAACAAGUUGAAAUCCGAAAAGCAAAGAGAGAGGAGAAUCUAGCAAAGAGACGAGGUAUUGCUGGUCGCGAUGGGACACAAACGUCAGCACCUGGUGCUUCUUUGGGCGCUUCAAUCGAUAGCGAUGAUGAGGGAGGCACGAUCGAAAGCCAGCUUACUACCGAACUUCCUCAGAUGGUAGAUGGUGUAUUCUCCAAUGAGAUCGAUUCACAGAUCCAAGCCACUACAAAGUUUCGCAAGCUUCUGUCAAAAGAACGCAAUCCACCCAUUGAGAAGGUUAUUGAGACUGGUGUGGUCAGCCGAUUUGUGGAGUUCCUCCGCUCUCCUCAUACCCUGGUCCAAUUUGAGGCCGCCUGGGCCUUGACCAACAUCGCGUCUGGCUCAGCACAACAGACUCAGGUUGUCAUCAACGCCGGAGCCGUGCCGAUCUUUGUCGAACUCCUCAGCAGCCAUGAACCCGAUGUUCGAGAGCAAGCUGUUUGGGCGUUGGGAAACAUUGCUGGUGACAGUCCGCAUUGUCGAGACUUUGUCUUGGGGGCUGGUGCAUUACGACCAUUGCUCGCUCUUCUGGGCGACAGCCGUAAGCUCAGUAUGCUUAGAAAUGCAACUUGGACUCUCAGCAACUUCUGUCGUGGGAAGACGCCCCAGCCAGAUUGGCAGACUAUCCUUCCCGCAUUGCCCGUUCUCGCAAAGCUGGUCUACUCUCUCGAUGACGAAGUUCUGAUUGACGCCUGCUGGGCUAUCUCAUAUCUAUCUGACGGCGCCAACGACAAGAUCCAGGCAGUCAUUGAAGCAGGAAUCCCUCGUCGCCUGGUAGAGCUUCUUACUCAUCAAUCAACAUCAGUGCAGACACCUGCACUUCGGUCCGUCGGCAACAUCGUCACCGGUGACGAUGUACAGACCCAGAUUAUCAUUAAUUGUGGAUCACUACCAGCGCUUCUUUCACUACUCGGCUCCCAAAAGGACGGUAUCCGCAAAGAGGCAUGCUGGACCAUCUCGAACGUUACAGCCGGGAACUCUACCCAGAUCCAGGCAGUCAUUGACGCUCAUAUCAUUCCUCCGUUGAUCAAUCUGUUGUCCAACGGAGACUUCAAGACUCGCAAAGAGGCAUGCUGGGCCAUUUCCAACGCAACCUCUGGUGGGCUUCAGAAGCCAGAGCAGAUCCGUUACUUGGUGCAAUGCGGCUGCAUUAGGCCGCUCUGCGAUCUACUCGCCUGUCCCGAUAACAAGAUUAUCCAAGUCGCUCUUGAUGGAUUGGAGAACAUUCUGAAGGUGGGAGAUAUGGACAAGGAAGCUUCCGAAGACCCGUCAGAUCAGAGCGUCAAUCACUUUGCUCUUCAUAUUGAAGAAGCCGGAGGCAUGGAGAAGAUUCAUGAUUGUCAAAACAACAUCAAUGAGGAAAUCUACAUGAAAGCUUUUAACAUCAUUGGGAAGUACUUUUCUGACGAGGAGGAGGCUGGCGCAGACAUGCUUGAGAAUGCGCCGCCGGGGCAAGGCGGCUUCGGCUUCGGCCAGCAGCAACAGCAAGCGCAACCAUCGGGACACUUCAGCUUUGCCAACGGAGGCGAUUCAAUGGACAUGUAA